AUGAAAAUGAUUGGAUCAACGGUGAAUAUUGAUGUUAAACUCGUCAAAGUCAAACUGCGGUUUACAAAACGUAUCCAAGGAUUCAGGAGUCGAGUUGAAGCAACAAAGGCGUACAAGCAACUGAUUCAACUACAAAUAGAGCAUUGGAACCAAGUAGGCAAGUUAAAGCGACAGUUUAAUAGACAUAUCAACAAACAUCCUUUCCACCCAAAAUACAAAACAAUACAAUGCAAGGCACAUGUUCACCAAUGUGGAAGAGUUGAUGCAAAAUAUACCGGAAAAAUCACCAAUCAAAACAUUGGAUAUUGGCUUGAUAUUCAAUUUGGGUAUAUGCUGCAAAAUGUAGAUACUGAAAAGACAAUUCAAUUUAAUAUUUCAGAUAAUACAUUAUUGUUUAAUGGUAACAAUCAAUCCAUGAUUAAUAUGGAUAUUGACAUUAUUUUGGAUCUGAUUGACGGAAAUGAUAUUAUUGAAUGCCUGAAACGUCAUAAUUCAAAGUAUAUUGUUGGAAGUAUCUAUGAGUAUGCUAUUCUUGCAAGUAACACUGGUUGUUAUCAGGUCAUUAAUUAUGUUACUCCCUAUCCACAAUAUCAUAUUGAUCAAUUUGAUGGUCAUGCCGAUUGGAUGAUGCUUUUACGACCCUUUGAUCAGGCAUUUCUAAAACCAACCCGUGAUAAAGGACGGAUUGGGUUGUCAUAUAUAUGGUUGCAUAUCUACCAAACAGAUACAGGCCGUACCAUUAUGCAUGAUAUUAUCCUGUUGUAG